UUUCAUUUAAUUCUGAUGUAGAGUAAAGACGGGAAGACUCCAUUGCACAUGACUGCAAUUCAUGGCAGAUUCUCAAGGUCACAGACCAUCAUUCAGAAUGGUGCAGAAAUAGAUUGUGAAGAUAAGAAUGGUAAUACUCCAUUACAUAUAGCUGCUCGAUAUGGACAUGAACUUCUUAUAAACACUCUAAUCACCAGUGGAGCAGACACUGCAAAUCGGGGUGUUCACGGAAUGUUUCCACUACAUCUAGCAGCCUUAAGUGGGUUUUCUGAUUGCUGUCGAAAGUUGUUGUCCUCAGGUUUUGAUAUAGACACCCCAGAUGAAUUUGGCAGGACCUGUCUUCAUGCGGCUGCUGCUGGAGGAAAUCUGGAAUGUUUGAAUCUGUUGCUUAAUAGUGGAGCUGAUUUCAACAAAAAAGAUAAAUUUGGACGGACCUCACUGCAUUAUGCUGCUGCGAACUGCAACUACCAGUGCCUGUUUGCCCUUGUGGGAUCUGGAGCCAGUGUAAAUGACCUUGAUGAAAGAGGUUGCACACCACUUCACUAUGCAGCAGCAUCGGAUACAGAUGGAAAGUGCCUGGAGUAUCUGCUCCGCAAUGAUGCAAAUCCUGGAAUUCGAGAUAAACAGGGCUAUAAUGCAGUGCAUUAUGCAGCUGCUUAUGGGCAUCGUUUAUGUCUUGAACUUGUAAGUCUAUUCGAUUUUCUUAAUUGAGAAACUAACCUCUAAAUGUUUUGGUCGAUGUGAUAGAACUGAAUGAUAAAGUAAUUUGGAGGUAGCAAAUGUGUUAAGUUCCAUAUUCCUCUUUGUUAUAGAAUAACUUUGAUCUCUUAUGUAGACUUCAGUACGAUUGCCAACAGAAAUGUAUCGCAUCCAGCAUUAAGGAUUUUUCAUUAUUUAUACCCCUAAAGCUCUUCCCAGCCAGUGAAUUUCCAUGAAUUGCAGUUGCAAG